GCAUAUAACCCUAGAAAUCAAAACACGAACUGGCAGACGACGACGACGACAGAUAAAUCUCUUACUAGCAAAGCUUCUGACUUUCUUCGUCUUCUCUCCUUGUACCCAGAAUUUCAGAUAGCUAAUUGCUAAUAAUGGGGUCGGGCCAGAGGAAUAGUUACGGGAAGCGGCCUCAUUCUCAUUCUGACUAUUCUGAGAAUGGAGGAAAUAAGAGGAGAAAUUCUGGGGAUGAAAGGGAGCCAUUUGUUAUUAAUUCUGAAGAUACCGUGUACAGGUACUUGUGCCCUGCUAGGAAGAUAGGGAGUAUUAUAGGAAAAGGAGGGGAAAUUGUUAAGCAAUUAAGGGCAGACACUAAAGCAAAGAUUAGGAUUGGUGAGACUGUUCCUGGAUGUGAUGAACGUGUGGUUACCAUAUACAGCUCUGGUGAGGAGACAAAUGGUCUGGAAGAUGGUGAUACUUUUGUCUCUGCUGCUCAGGAUGCUUUAUUCAGGGUGCAUGAUAGGGUUAUUGCGGAAGACUUGCAUCGAGAUGAGGAGUCUGAAGGCCAGCAAAUUACUGCUCGGUUUCUUGUACCAUCCGAUCAGAUUGGAUGUAUUAUAGGGAAGGGUGGACAGAUUGUUCAGAAUAUACGCAGUGAAACUGGUGCUCAAAUUCGCAUUCUUAAGGAUGAGCAUUUGCCCUCAUGUGCCUUUAGAACCGAUGAGCUUGUACAGAUAUCUGGGCAGGCUGCAGUUGUCAAAAAGGCUCUGUGUCAAAUCGCAAAUCGCCUUCAUGAAAAUCCAUCACGCACUCAGCACUUGCUUACUUCAGCUAUUUCAAGCACGUAUCCUUCUAGUGGUGCACUCCUAGGUUCAGCUGCUGGUGCGCAGAUUGUGGGAAUAGCACCCUUGGUGGGUCCUUAUGGAGGAUACAAGAGUGAUACUGGAGACUGGUCACGCUCAUUGUAUUCAGCUCCAAGGGAUGAGAUGUCAUCCAAAGAAUUUUCACUCCGUUUGGUCUGUCCAACUGCUAAUAUUGGAGGUGUAAUUGGCAAGGGUGGUGCCAUAAUCAAUCAAAUCAGACAGGAUUCAAAGGCAGUCAUCAAAGUUGAUAGUAACACAACUGAAGCAGAUGACUGUUUAAUAACUAUUUCUGCUAAAGAGUUCUUUGAGGACACGUUUUCUCCCACUAUAGAAGCAGCUGCACGUUUGCAACCUAGAUGCAGUGAGAAGAUUGAAAGAGAUUCAGGAAUCAUAUCAUUCACCACCCGCUUACUUGUACCAACCUCACGAAUUGGCUGCCUUAUUGGUAAAGGAGGUGCUAUUAUAACUGAGAUGAGGAGGAUCACCAAAGCAAAUAUUCGUAUACUUUCAAAAGAAAACCUGCCAAAAAUUGCAUCUGAAGAUGAUGAGAUGGUGCAGAUUACUGGAGACCUUGAUGUUGCGAAGGAUGCUCUUGUACAAGUAACUACACGGUUGAGAGCUAACCUUUUUGAUAGGGAAGGCGCUGUUUCUGCACUAGUGCCAGUUUUGCCAUAUCUCCCAGUGCCAGCAGAGGGGGCAGAUGGUUUAGCUUAUGAAAGUAGAGAUAGCAAGAGGCAUGGACGGGGGCAUUCUUAUUCUGGUAGUUAUGGCUCAAGUGAUCUGCCUGAUAGUGACAAUUACGGAAGUUAUGGAGGACAGAUUGGAGGUAGUGGUAGCUAUGGAGCAUAUGGGAGUUAUUCUUCUGGGCGCAGUGGUCCUGGGUUAUCAAGCCAUACCCCUGCUUCACGCCGCAAAACCUAUGGUUACUGAAAAAUGGUCAUUGCUGAGAUAUACGCUGCCUGAAGCCAGCCUACUGUCACCUUUGAUGAAGCCUGCCUAAACCUGAAGACCAGAUGAACCAGGGUUUGAUAUACACAUGGCCCACCCUGAUGCUACUACCUGAAAGCACCAAAUAUAUGAGGAGAUCUUGUUAGUCACUUUGAAAUUUGCCAUGUCCAAGACACCAAAAAACCAAGCUCUAUGCAUUGUGCUCCCAAGAACCUUAGCUAGUUGGAAUGCCUUUGUUACUUUUUUUAUAAUAUUUCUAUUUUCUUUUCUGGUUGAUAUUUGUUUGGAAGUAAAAGAACCUUGUUGGU